UAAUUUUUCUGAUGUUAAUUUUGCUCUGGUGGGUGGGUGGGUAGUAAAGAGGGGUUGUAUCUCAGUAUCUCUCAUGGUUGUAAAUACAGUACUGUAAUUGUUCUCUGAUUUGCUGCAAGCAAUGUGCUUUUAACCUAAUCUAUAUGCUGAUGUCCUUCAACUUUUUAUUAAAAUUUAAUUACUGUUCCUAAGUGUGACUUUUUGGUGUUGAGAGUUUGAUGUACAGAGCAGUGACUUAAAAACUGGUAUCUGUUGUAUCCUUGUGUGUGUCUUAUGGGUUCAUACUGCAUUUCAUAGCAGUAUGGAAAAUUGGGCAAUUGGAAUAUAAUUCUGUGAAGCAGCCAGUUAAUAACUUGUGAAUGUUUUGAAAAAAGCUGGUACUUAUGAGAAUGAAAUCUCCUUUUUUUGGAUAAUAGUGGGAUGAAUUAAGAUUAUAAUAUCUUAAAGAAUGGUGGCUUUAUAAUAUGUGCACAUUUCUGCCAGUUAAGAAAAUGUUUCUUUAAACUUCUCAUAGACAAUUCAGGUGAUGCUGAAUCACCUGGUGUCCUAAUUGAACAUACUGAACAUUACAAGAAUCCUUGUGAGUGCUAAAAUAUAUAUAUGUGCUUAAGAGUUCUGGAAAAAAAAGUGUUAAUCUUCUAUCACGUUAUCUUUAUAAAAAUCUUUAAAAGUUGCACAUGAAGGUUUUUGUACUACUUUACAGGAAUAUAUUUCUAAGAACAAAAUUCUUAUUUUUCUCUUGUUCUGUACGCGUAUUUUUAAAUGAAUCAUAAAUCUUAUUUCUUACCUCUGCUGUUUUGUUUACUUUGCUUUUUGUCUCUUAAUGUGGUAAGUAGUACUGUUUUAAAAAUCAAUUUAAAGAGAAUAAUUCAGGUUUCUGUUUCUCGAUCUAUAUUUAUACCUGAGACCUGCAGUUUUUCUAAAGUCCAAGUCACAAUUAAAAGUAAUAGCAUUCUGGUUAUUUUGCAGAAUUGCUCAUAAGAAUGGACAGGAUCUUGAAGGCUAACUGCAAGGAACUGUGCACACUGGAACUCAGUUGUAGAUUUUUUCUCAUUUCUAUUUAUUCUUAUUAUACAUUAUUUAUAUAUACAUAUUUUAGUAUUUACAUUUUAACAUUCUAUAUUCAGUGCAGUUCUAUAUUUCCAAUCAUUUUAACUUACUCACUAAAAUUUCUGUGUAAAUUUGUUGUUUUCGUACUGGUGUGCUUAGCAUUGUUGUUAGUUUUAUUCUCCUUUCUUAAAUUUCUGAAAAUGUCAAUUUUUCAAAAUUUACAGCUACCCAAACUCCAAAAUGAUGGUAGAGAAUUGACCAAGAAAAAUAAAGAAAUCUGUUAACAGGCCAUGGAUGCACGGGUAGUUAAAGAUAUGGCAACUGGAAAGUCAAAAGGCUAUGGUUUUGUAUCUUUUUAUAACAAACUGGAUGCAGAAAAUGCUAUUGUACACAUGGGAGGCCAGUGGUUGGGAGGCCGCCAGAUCAGAACUAACUGGGCAACGCGGAAACCACCAGCCCCCAAAAGUACACAAGAAAAUAACACAAAACAAUUGAGAUUUGAAGACGUAGUAAAUCAGUCAAGUCCAAAAAAUUGUACUGUGUACUGUGGAGGAAUUGCCUCUGGGCUAACAGAUCAACUUAUGAGACAGACUUUUUCCCCAUUUGGACAGAUUAUGGAAAUAAGGGUGUUUCCAGAAAAAGGUUACUCAUUUGUCAGAUUUUCAACCCAUGAAAGUGCUGCACAUGCUAUUGUUUCAGUUAAUGGAACCACAAUUGAAGGACAUGUUGUUAAGUGUUAUUGGGGUAAAGAAUCCCCUGAUAUGACUAAAAACUUCCAACAGGUGGAUUACAGCCAGUGGGGGCAGUGGAGCCAAGUCUAUGGGAAUCCCCAGCAGUACGGGCAAUAUAUGGCUAACGGGUGGCAAGUACCAUCCUAUGGAAUGUAUGGCCAAGCAUGGAAUCAACAGGGUUUUGGAGUAGACCAAUCUCCAUCUGCUGCCUGGAUGGGUGGAUUUGGUGCUCAGCCUGCCCAGGGACAAGGUGCUCCUGUAAUACCUAACCAAGCUGGAUAUGGCAUGGCAAGUUACCAAACACAGUGAGCUGGGACUCUGUUUUAAAGUGUGUAUUUCAUGAUAGGCUGCAGUUUCCAGUGACAUUCUGAAGACUGGAAUGUAGACAAUGAAAAAAGAAAAUAUUUAUUUUAAAAAUGGAAAUGUUUGGAACCUUUAGCACAGCUUUGCUUUGGUGAAGGACACAAAUGUCUUCUAGUUCUGCCUUUUUAAGUUUUUGUUCAUGAUGGAUAUGAACAUGUUUUUCUUUGUGUACAAAAAUUAAAAAUAAAGUCAAUAAAGACAAUUCUGACUACAAAUUUUGAUAUAGUAGGAGAAAUGGCUAACAAAUUUGAUCCUUAGGUUACCAUUCCAUUUUUUUUUUGUUUUGUCGUCAGUGUUUUAUAUCAUUGUGCUUUUAAAAGAGAAAUGAGGUUGGAAAACAGCAAGUUGCUUUUAGCUGAACACACAUCCUGAAAUAAACUGUGGACCAAUCACCACAAGCUGGGAGACAGUAUUGAGUUUUCAAGAAACCUGUGGGCAUAGCUCAAAAGGGUAUGUAGGUCUUGGAAGAAUUUUUUAAAAAAAAUAUUUAAUUUUUCUACAUGCUUAAAGAGAACAGUCUGAUACAACAAAUAGUUCAGUCUGAAAUGAAAAACAGUACUGUCUGAGAAAUUUCGCCUAACUUUUACUGUCCACGUUCAGGCACACGUUAAAACUUUUCAGAGCUGGUUUGCUUGUUAAAACUGUAGUAAUUUACUUUUAAUUUUGAGAAGUAAAAACGUUUUUACAAGUAUGUUGUUUGUAUUGAAAUCAGACAGUCAUACUUGGGCUUUUACAUAAAGUUUGAAGGCUACACAUUGUAAAUAUUUCAUAAUUACAGUGUUUCAAAAGCAUGCUCAAACAUAGAAGUAGCAAUGUAAUUAUUCAAAGUAAUACUUAAUAUACUCUACUGCUUUAAAUGCAGUAGAUUGACAAGAAUGUGCAAGACUGACAUUUCCAAAGUUGGCUAAUAUGUAAAGUUACAUAAAGAACUAUAACAAAGAGCCUUAAUUUUAAUUUCAUAAAUCUUUAAUGCAUCACCUUUUUGUCAUUAGAAAUACAAAUUUUUUGCUUUACAUUAUUUGGUAUGUAAAUACCUUGGUUAACAACCUUGUAAACCUCUUUCAAGGUUAUUAUAAGUUGUAUAGUAUCUUGAGUGUUUUGAAAAAUCUUGAUGUUUUUUAAGUCUAGAAAUAUUUUGCCCAAGAAUUUUUUAACAAGAUUGUUAAAAACAUCUUAUUUUAGAGACUAUUCAAUGUGCCAUUUGGUAAACGGAGAUGCAGUUGAAACAGUACACUGAGUUGUGACUUAUUUUUAAUUAAAGUUUUUGUCUUUCUGGGUGGUUUGCAUGUGAUGAACCUGUACAGAGGCUGGGUUGUUUGUGUACUGAGUGUGUAAAUGGAUAAAUCAUGAAGAUGUUUCAAUGGUAUACUUGGGUUAUUUCUGAAUUAUUUUAUGGAUACAUUGAUACAAACUGCCUCAAUAAAUUUGAAGUUGAAAAUGAA